AACACUGAAACCACAUAUGGUAAAUAUUGAAAUUUGCUUUAUAACAUGGAGAAAAAAGUUAUGUUAACUAAAUUUUUCAAUUUGAUUAAAUGUCUUCCGUUUGAGUUUGUAUAUGUUAAAUUUAAAUGAUAAAAAUACUUGAACUUGAUUUAAAAUAUUUAUACUUUAUACUCUCAUAAGUGAUUUUUAUUCUAAAAAGUAAAAAUUAAGCUUGUGCAAAUUUCGAGUCACCUUUCGUUCUACGAGAUUUAGAGAGAGUAUAUUCAACCAAUUUUUCAAUUUAAUUAAAUUUUUUCAACUUAAAUAUUUAGCGUGAGGAGGUCUAAAGUUCAUUCUCGCGCGUCCUAAUUUUGUUCACCAGCCGCUCUUAGCUAUUAGUGCUGUAGCUUGCUGGUGACCGUGAGAACAUUUACUAAAGACGACACUAGAUAGUGACAACAGUGCUAUAAAUAAUCAUUCAUUUCACUCGAAAUUAUAUUGUGUCGUUGGUUCCAAUACAGUGCACUAUAAAAUUUGCGAGUUUUUCAAGUCGAAUUUCAGCGUCGACCCAGUGAGAAAUGACUCAUCAAAACGAUAUCAUUUUGAUGAUUUCGACAUCGAUUCCAUUAUCAUUUCUCACUAGGUAAGGAAUAUGUUUUUAUCACUUGUUUGUGCCUAAAUAUAUACAUAUAGUAUACUGUUUCUAUUUUGAGAUACUGAAGUGGCAAUCUUGAUCUGCCAUGUGUUGUAAAAAACCGUGUAUUAUAUCAGAUUGAUUAGAAAAUCUUUUCGUAUUUUAUGCAAGAAGAAAAACAAAUUUUCACGAAAAGCACUUUUAUUUUAAUCAUCAAUAUAGUUUUCGUCUCUUCUAAUGACUUCUUGCCAUCGAUCUACAAGCUUAAAAAUUCCAUCCUUAAAGAAGAAGUUGACAAGAUGAUAGUUGGAUGGCGUGAGAUUAAAGGAACAUGGGAAUGUAUGUUUAAAAAGUUCCUUAAGUUCUUCAAUUUUUCUCAACAUAGAUACGUUCACAUGGGGGCGAGCAAGCGGUGGCCUGGUGGAAGACGAUAUCUUUACAAGGUUGACAAGUUGGGAUUGGAUCUCACUUUGUCUGAACUCUAAGAUCCUUAUUGAUCGUUAAAUUUCUUGGUAAGAGGAGUCG